GUUUUGUUUGUUUGUUGGAUCAUUCUGUUGUUUUCGGUUUUUCAGAGUUCCCAAGGAACCACAAACGCCAUCUCUCUCUCUCUCUCGCUCUCUAACUCCAUGGGAGCUCGUCGAUCCUUGGCGUUUCGUUCAUUGAUCUCGGCGAUCGUUCUUCUGCUUUUGACCUACAAUGCUUACUCCUUCUACCUUCCUGGUGUCGCUCCCCAGGACUUUGACAAGGGUGAUCUGUUGAAUGUGAAAGUGAAUAAAUUGACCUCUACAAAGACUCAGCUUCCUUACUCGUAUUAUUCUCUUCCUUACUGUCAUCCCGAAACCAUAGUUGACAGCAGAGAGAAUCUUGGGGAAGUACUGCGUGGUGAUCGUAUUGAAAACUCUGCUUAUGUGCUGAAUCGUUUUGUGCAGUUUAAAAUGAGGGAACCACAGAUGUGCAAGAUUGCCUGUCGGUUGACACUUGAUGCCAAAACUGCAAAGGAGUUCAAAGAGAAGAUUGAAGAUGAGUAUCGGGUCAACAUGAUACUGGAUAACCUUCCUCUAGUGGUUCCCAUACAAAGGCUUGAUCAGGAAUCUCCACCAGUAUAUCAGUUGGGAUUUCACGUUGGGCUUAAAGGGCAAUAUACUGGAAGCAAGGAUGAAAAAAAUUUCAUACACAACCAUUUGAAAUUUACUGUCAAGUAUCAUAGAGACAUGCAGACAGACUUAGCAAGGAUUGUGGGCUUUGAAGUCAAACCAUUCAGUGUCAAACAUGAAUAUGAAGGAAAGUGGACUGAGAAUACUCAUUUAACCACUUGUGAUCCACAAGCAAAACAAAUGGUCUCUAACAACAACGCUCCCCAACAAGUUGAAGAGAAACAAGAAAUUAUAUUCACAUAUGAUGUUGAGUUCCAGGAGAGUGAUGUCAAGUGGGCAUCCAGAUGGGACACCUAUCUUCUAAUGAGUGAUGACCAAAUACACUGGUUCUCAAUUGUGAAUUCCUUGAUGAUUGUUCUCUUUCUCUCGGGCAUGGUGGCUAUGAUAAUGCUACGGACACUUUAUCGUGACAUCUCCAAGUACAACGAACUUGAGACCCAAGAGGAGGCCCAAGAAGAAACAGGAUGGAAACUAGUCCACGGCGAUGUUUUCCGGCCCCCAAAUAACUCAGAAUUGCUGUGUGUCUGUGCUGGAACAGGUGUUCAGUUCUUCGGAAUGAUUCUUGUUACCAUGAUCUUUGCGGUCCUUGGGUUCCUCUCACCUUCAAAUCGGGGUGGACUCAUGACAGCCAUGCUCAUGCUCUGGGUUUUCAUGGGACUGUUUGCUGGUUAUGCCUCUGCUCGUUUGUACAAGAUGUUUAAAGGAUCAGAAUGGAAGAAAAUCGCUCUCAGGACUGCUUUUUUGUUCCCAGCCACUGUCUUUGUCAUUUUCUUCGUCUUAAAUGCGCUCAUCUGGGGUCAGAAAUCUUCAGGGGCUGUGCCAUUUGGGACAAUGUUUGCUCUGGUCUUCUUGUGGUUUGGGAUUUCAGUCCCGCUUGUGUUUGUGGGCAGCUAUGUCGGGUUCAGGAAACCAGCAAUUGAAGAUCCAGUGAAGACAAACAAAAUCCCAAGGCAGAUCCCUGAGCAAGCAUGGUACAUGAACCCAAUCUUCUCAAUUCUAAUUGGAGGAAUUCUCCCAUUUGGAGCUGUGUUCAUUGAACUCUUCUUCAUCCUCACCUCGAUCUGGCUGAAUCAGUUUUACUACAUCUUCGGCUUCCUCUUCAUAGUCUUUAUCAUCCUCAUCAUCACCUGUGCUGAAAUAACCAUCGUGCUUUGUUACUUCCAGUUGUGCAGCGAAGAUUACCUGUGGUGGUGGAGGUCAUACUUGACAUCAGGCUCCUCAGCUCUGUACCUUUUCCUUUAUGCUGCUUUCUAUUUCUUCACCAAGCUUGAAAUUACAAAACCGGUUUCUGGGGCAUUGUACUUUGGAUACAUGCUGAUUGGUUCAUAUGCAUUCUUCGUGUUGACCGGUACCAUCGGUUUCUACGCAUGCUUCUGGUUCACAAGGCUCAUUUACUCAUCAGUGAAGAUUGAUUGAUUGACCGAUUGAUUGAUUGCAUGCAAAUGAUUCGUGGACUAUUAUUCCUUCUCCGUUCAGGGACGUACAUGCCAUAUUAUUAGGUUGAGGUUCAAAAUUAAGUGUUGGUGGGCUUUUUUUUUUUUGUGCCCAAUUGUGAACAUUGAUGGUCAUUAUUCCAUUGUUGUAGUAUCUCCUUCACUAUUUUGUAAAACAAAUGCAGGAGGUUUACAAAGCUUGUGAUUCCUUUCUUUUUAGAUUCUUUCAUAUAUUUCUUGGCCAGCCAUGUGACUAUCUAACUAGAAAAUUGAAAUCCAAUUGGUCAUUUUCCCA